CGACGCGUCCUCUGUCGUGACCUCGGUCGUCAGCAACGCCUCCGUCUCCUCCGAGUGGUAUCCCUCUGCCACCAUCGAGUACUGCAACGUCACCUUUGCCUACUCCCACGACGGCCUCGCGGCGACAAAGUCCACGUAACAUACUGGGUGCCCUCUCCCGACGCCUUCCAGAACCGCUACGUCUCGACUGGCGGCGGUGGCCUGGCCAUCAACUCUGGAAGCCAGUACAUUCCUACCGGAAUCAUUGUUGGUGCCGUCUCUGGUAUCACUGAUGGCGGCUUUGGAGACUUCAACACGCAAUGGGAUGCUGUCUUCCUCGCGGCCAACGGUACUGUGAACUGGCAGUCCGUUUACAUGUUUGGAUACCAGGCGCACAACGAGCUGGCGACGCUGGGCAAGGAGUUCACCAAGAAGUUCUACAGUGUUGCCGCGGACCAGAAGACCUACUCCCACUACCAAGGUUGCUCUGAGGGCGGCCGCGAGGGAUGGAGUCAGGCUCAGCGUUUUGCGGACCAAUUUGACGGUCUUACCAUUGGCGCUCCUGCUUUCAGAUAUGGACAGCAGCAGGUAAACCACUUGACGGCCAACGUCAUGGAACAAACCCGAAACCAGCGCAGCCGCCAAAGCAACGCCAACAACGCAAAGUCCAACUAAGUCAAGCAAAUGAAGCUAUUCAGACCACCCAAAUAAGUACUCUGACCAAUGAGCGUGCUGCAU